UAAAUCUAUGAAAGUGUGAAAAAUAUCAUUCUUUAACGAAGAGCCAAGAUACAAGUUACUUUUGAGAUAUUUCUGAUUUUAAUCAUCAGGCUUUUGCGCGAAAACUUCAACAAAUUGCAUUUUGUUUGUUUUAUAGUUAUAUACAAUUGUAUACAUGUACAAGUUUUAUUACCUCCGAACAUAUUUGGCUGUACAUUUUUUCUGCAAUUUAUUCUCACUGUAUUUUUAAAAACAUCCUGCAUAAAUUAUCAUAUUGUAUAAAACAUCAAUAAGUCAAAAUUGGUUAGUUUACGACGCAUGAAACAUGAAAUAAGGAAUCACUGUACACAUCUAACUUGUCCUGGUCCAGUAUGCGGAAAUACAGUGGCCCAUUAUGUUUCAAGAUUGUCUAAAAAAUAUUUGCAUAUAUCGUUAUAAAGCAAAUAUUUCGAUUGUUUAUAUAAUUUAUAAAUAUACAAUUACGUAUGUGUGAGAAAGUUACUGCAGAAAGUGCCGAAAAUUCCAUUUCCACCGAAUUUUCCAUGAGAUGAGCAACGCAUAUAUGGUAAUAGGCAGUCUUGAUUGUUUUGUGCUCUCAGAGAAUCAGAGAAAAUGCUGAAAAUUAAACGGAUGUCCUCUGUUGGAGACAAAAUAUUUUUUGAUUUAGAGGCUGAUGGUUAAAACUAAGAGACUAAAAGUUGGAUUGUAGAAAAAACAGAUUCACAAAGAUGAUACAAAAAUUAUUGCAGUGGAUUCAUAUUACCUCUUGGCUUGAGAGACAGAAAAAGUUAAUUGAAUGGUGGUAAUUAAUACUAUUUCGAAAUAAUUGAAAACUCUAAAAUGAAGACUGCUGUAAAUCACUGUAAAAAUGUGAUCAAAAUGCUGGUGUUAAAUCAGUAUGAUUAGGUGUACAGGAAUUCAAAACAGUGUAGUCACUUAACAUUGAAAGUGUUUAAAAGUUUUUAAUUUAUCUCGGUUAUUAACAUGGGGAAAAAGAAACAGUCACUAAAUGGAACACAGGACAUAGGUUCUGUAGACAAGGCAGAGAUGGAACUGAAGGAAAGAAAGUUACAAAACAAAAAUCUGGAAAACAAAGAAAGUAAGGUUGCCAAAGACUUUAAUGUAGAAGAAGAGUUUCAGAAACUCUAUGAUCAAGCAGUUAAGAUGGGAAUGACUGACGAUGACUUGGCUCGAUUAAGAAUUCUUCACGAUAUCUCAUGGAAAGGCUCCUAUACCAGACUUUUUAUGAAAUGUGUUUUAAUUAUUUUGAUUACCAUUAUUGUAUUUUAUUUUUCUUUCCUAUUUACUUGCCUGCUGGACUGGCCUGUUAGCAGAGAGACAAUUGUUCGAGCCUGGAUGGGUCUGUAUGGUGCUGACAUAGACAGUGAACCCUGCGUUAUUGACAUGCCUGAGUAUAUGGCUGACGUAUUUAGACCACCAGUGGAAUGUUCUUUCUGUGAAAAUAUGACAGAAGUAAAUACAGUUUAUAAUAUCUCCCAAGAAGAGUUUGAGGAAAUUUAUGCAUACAGCGGAGUGCCGGUUAUAGUCGGAGAUGGAACACAAAAUUGGACGGCUCCUGAAUAUUUCAGUUUUGAAUUUUUCAAGGAGAUUUAUAAAGAAGGGAGUCUGGCUCUUGAUAACCAAGAGAAAAAUUGCCAGUUUUUUCCAUAUAAGACAAACUUCAGAAAUCUUGGAGAGGUACUUAGUAUGAGCCCGGAACGUGCCAGGAUGGAGGAUGGCUCAGAACCUUGGUAUAUUGGCUGGAGUAACUGUGAUUUUUCUGCAGCUAAUACAUUAAGGAAGCAUUACAAGAGACCGUACUUCCUACCCAAGCUUUCCGAGUCAAGCAAGACUGACUGGAUGUUCAUGGGAAGCCCUGGGUAUGGUGCACACUUGCAUAUUGAUCAUGUAGGGUACCCCUCCUGGCAGGCACAGAUCACAGGAACAAAGCGAUGGACCCUUGAACCACCUCCAGAAUGCUACUAUAAAUGUGCAGAUAGGAUUCAGGUCACUGUACACCCUGGACAAAUAAUUGUGCUGGACACAGAUAUUUGGUAUCACUCGACCUUGAAUGUUGGUAGUGAAAUCAGCAUUACAAUUGGCUCCGAGUACGAUUGAGUAGGAGUUACCUGACACUGUGAUCCUCACCGGAAUAUCAAAAAUCUUCUGUAUAAAUUCACCGAGUAGUUAUCCAAAGAUUCCCUUCAAUCCUGUGAUGAGCAUGUAUAUCUGUUACUUGGGAAACCUGUUCUAUUUUGUUGUUUAUGUAGAUUGUGGUGGAUUUGACAUUGCUCUUUACUAUUGCCAUUUCAGUACUGGAUUACAAGCUCUGGCUUCACAAGUAAUUUCUUGGAAUUAUUAAGUUGAGAUAUAUUUGUGUAAAAGAAUAAUGGAAAUGAGACUUUUAUUUCCUUAUUUUCAUUUAACUCUUUCAGAUUCAUUGCAAUAGAAACACUUGAUUUUAACUGACAAGUAUGUGUACAGUCUUAAUCAGACGCUUUCAGAAUCAGCUUUAUACAUGCAAGAUGCAUUCUCUUUGUUAAUUUGCAUAUUUUUUUGUAUAUUUAUAAAAAGAAAAUAAAAGUUUGUUUUCACCUCUCUCAUAUAUACAAGA